AUGGCUCUCAUGGCUCGAAUAGCCCAGACUAAAUGCUGUAUUAUUUGCGGCCAUGAAGUCCUUCGGCCGAGACUCACGGACGAAGACAUUCCGGCAUUGGCGUGGAAGCAAAGAUAUCGCAUUGUUUAUCAAGAUCGUCAGUUUUCCACAAGAUUAAGCGGCUUAGCCUCUCACCGUGAUGCCCGAGGGCGUUCCUGGUAUGCACCAUGGGAUCACGACGAUACUCGCGAAUAUUCGGGCAUCACUAACCUGCCGUCCCAUGAAUCAAUCCGCGUGAUGGACUAUCAUUCUGCCUCUGAGGAUUAUCUGCGAUAUGGAUUUCCUGCGCACGAGAAUUGCUGGUCCCUGCUGCAAAAAGCUUAUUCCCCAGCCCCCGUUCCCUACGACAUGAUCUUCAACGUCUGCAAGUCGCUGGAGGGACCGCAACCUCAUAGAAUUCUCGACUGGGGUCACGAUUAUGGGGGCGCAUUGCAGGUCACUUAUGGUGAUAGAAUUCAAGGCCGUAACGUGGAUGACAGGCGUGAUGCUCCUGAAUUUUUCAAUCAAGAUCCCUGUUCUUCUGAGGACAUUGAGGGUCUUCUUCGUCAGAGUUCCGAAACACCGCCUUCAGGUGCUGAAGUCUCCCCUGAGAUUAGCCUUUUGAACGAUUGCUUGAGUUUAUUAUCAUCUGAUGUGCGCUUUUUGGUUGCAAAUCUGCUUCCAACAGCUGAUCUCCUUGCCUUGCGGCUCGCGUCGAGGGCAUUCUACUUCAUAUUUCACCAACAGUCUUUUUGGGCGCUGAAAUUCACCCCCGGUGGAGAUAAAGAUUGGUUGUUUGAGGCGAUAGGAAUUGCAAAGGUUCGAAGAGUUGAUUGGAGAUCACUCUACAAAACCACGAGUCAGCUCGAGCGGCUUCCACAAAGUCUUCGCAAUAGAUCGAGGAUUUGGAACCUCGCCAAGCUCAUCAGGGACGCGACACCAUCUUCACCGAUCGAAUCUGCUACAAGGCCCUCUAUAUUUGGCCCUGAUUGUGAGUUUGAUGUUUGGGCCUCUGUGACUACCAGCCAACAGGAUGCAGCACGAUCAUCCGAGAACGGUCCCAAAUUAAAGCUUCCUAGGCAAAGGUUUCAGCUCCCUGGUCCACUGGAGGAGAUCCAAGUGUACUUUGUCCGGCUUGGUCCAGUUGAAUUCAUCUCUGGCAUCACGUUUCUUAUGACUUCUAGCAGGAGCAGGCACAUAGGGUACAAAUCAGGGUCAGUACGCAGGCUCAAGUUGCGCGAGGACCCAAUUGGCUUCAAUCUGAAGCUCGAGUACUUGGGCAUUAUUUCCGUUCAGGCGGUGUACUCCAAUGGAGAUAUGUCAGACUGGCUCGGAGUCGGUCUUGAUAUGCCAACAACGAGGAGGCUUGUACUCCAUGACAAGAUUACUGCGGUUGAAGGCGUGUUUGAUGUCUGUACGUCCCUUUCUAAUCAUUGGUUGAUAAAGCUUACGAAGAGCCUUUUUCUUUUUAGGGAUUUAAAUUGA